CCGCUGGAUUUGGGUCACCCCCGACGUGCCGGCGGCAACCGGGAGCCACCGACACCCCGAAACUGUCCCCGUCCCCCCACCCCCCACCCCCCCCCCCACCCCGGGGGGUGUCACCGGGACUUCGUCACCGCCAUGUUGUAACUGGCGCCGGGACCCCGAAAUUGUCACCGGGACCCCAAAAUUGUCACCGAACGCCGUGUCCCCCCCCCCCCAACCCUGCACCCCCUGCCGGCGCGACACUGGGGGACACCCCCCCCCCCGCCACCCCCCCACCCCCAAAAAAAAUUGGUCUCCGGAUCCUGCCGCCGACGCCGGGACCCCCCCAGGGCUGUCACCUGCUGUCACUUCAGGUCCCUGCCCAUGGCCGAGGGGUGCUCCCACGCCGUCCCCCCUCGUCCCCUCCCCGGGGAGGUGACGGCCACCCCCGGGAAUGUCACCAGGGACCCCGAACCCCCAUGGGGACAGGCUGGAGGCGUCCCCCAGGGGGAGGGUGACACCAGUGUCCCCGCGGACACUGUCACCGUCACCCCCUGGGCCAGCGGCAUCACCAUCACCGUCACGGCAGCCCCGGCGGACGAGGACACCGGGGACGAGGACGUCCCUGGCUUGGGGGACGAGGACGUUGGGGACAGGGCCGUCUCGGUGACGAGUGACACGGGGCACGAGGAUGUCCCAGUCCUGCGUGACAAGGACGCGGAGGACAGGGAUGUCGCGACCCCCAAGGACGUUGGGGACAAGGAGGUGCCAGCCCCUGGGGACGAGGAUGUCGGGGACAAGGAGGUCACGGCUCUGAGGGACAUUGGGGACAGGGACACGGUGACCCCAAGGGACACUGGGGACCGGGGUGGUCCAGCUCUUCUGGACAAGGACGUUGGGGACAAGGACGUCACCCCCCCGAUGGACGCUGGGGACAGGGAUGUCCCAGCUCCUGGGGACAAAGCCCUUGGGGACAGGGAUGUCACCACCCGGAGGGACACUGGGGACAGGGACGUCCCAGCCCAUCUGGUCGAGGAGGUUGGGGACAAGGAUGUCCCAGCGCCUGGGGACGAGGAUGUUGGGGACAGAGAUGCCACCGUCCUAAGGGACGCGGGGGACAGAGACGUCCCAGCUCCUGGGGACAAGGAUGAUGCCACCAUAAGGGACAUUGGGGACAGGGAUGUCCCAGCGCCUGGGGACAAAGCCAUUGGGGACAGGGAUGUCACCACCCUGAGGGACGCCGGGGACAGGGACAUCCCAGGCCAUCUGGUCGAGGAGGUUGGGGACAAGGAUGUCCCAGCGCCUGGGGACAAAGCCUUUGGGGACAGAGAUGCCACCACCCUGAGGGACAUUGGAGUCAGGGAUGUCCCAACCCUAAGGGACACGGAGGUUGGGGACACGCAGGUCUCAGUCCUUGCAUUGGGGACAGGGAUGUCCCAGCUCCAAGGGACACCGGGGACGGGGCUGUCCCACCCCCAGGGGACGUUGGGGACGAGGACGCUGAGGACACGCAGGUCUCAGCCCCAAGAGCCGUUGGGGACAUCGGGGACAGGGACGUCGCCAUCCCAAAAGAUGAUGGGGACAUUGGGGACAGGGAUGUCCCAGCCCCUGGGGACAGCGGGGACAAGGCCAUAGGGGAUGUCCCAGCCCUAAG